AGGAGAGCGAGAGGAGGGAGAGAGAGAGGAGAGAGAGAGAGGAGAGAGAGAGAGAGAGAGAGCAGGCUUCGUCGCGGAAAAAAAAGGAGGUGUCUGCCAUGAGGGAGUACAAAGUGGUUGUUUUGGGCUCGGGUGGAGUCGGGAAAUCGGCGCUGACGGUGCAGUUCGUGACGGGCUCCUUCAUCGAGAAGUACGACCCCACCAUAGAGGAUUUCUACCGGAAGGAGAUCGAGGUGGACUCGUCCCCGUCGGUGCUGGAGAUCCUGGACACGGCGGGGACCGAGCAGUUCGCCUCCAUGCGAGACCUGUAUAUUAAGAACGGCCAGGGCUUUAUUCUGGUUUACAGCCUGGUGAACCAGCAGAGCUUCCAGGACAUCAAGCCGAUGAGAGACCAGAUCAUCCGGGUGAAGAGAUACGAGAGGGUGCCGAUGAUCCUAGUGGGAAACAAGGUGGACCUGGAGGGGGAGAGAGAGGUGUCUUCCGGGGAAGGCAAGGCGCUGGCCCAGGAGUGGAACUGCCCGUUUAUGGAAACUUCAGCCAAAAAUAAAGGAUCAGUCGACGAACUGUUUGCGGAAAUAGUCAGACAGAUGAACUAUUCAACUGUUCCCAGUGGUGGCGACCAGUGCUGCUCAUGUGUCCUUCUCUAAAAAAAAAAAAAAAAUAUCACAACAGCCUACAGAUAACAGUGCAUCCGGGUUGAAUUUGAGCUUCUAACUUGUCCUGCAGGCGUUUUGCGAAGCUUUUCUCUCUCCUCACACUGUUGUCUUAUUGUUGCGCACAAACACAAAUCAACGACGACAAUAAUCCAUUGUGUAUUAUAGCCUGGAAAAGUGUUUACAUGACAAAGUACUUGAAUGUUUUGGGAUUUUUUUUUUUAAAUAUAGCUUUGUAUAUGACACUUCUCUGGAAUCGUGCCUCAAUGGGAAUGUCUUAUUGUGAAACCUAAGACACAACUGUUUUCUGGUUAUUGUUUUGUGGUUAUUUGUUGAGUUGUACUGUUCCAUCUCCUAGGCCGGGUCCAUCUGUUUUAGGGGUGGUGGGUUUAUGCUAAAUCUAGGCAGAGCUGGCAUUGGUCACUUCUAAAGGUCUUUUUGACUGAGAACAGGGGGCCUGAAAGCGCUUAAAACUGCUCAUAAACGUAUCGAUCACCACUCUAGCCUUGCACAGGUCACUCAAAUCAGAUCACAAUUUAUUCCCCCAAAAAUUCAAGUGUAAUCCAAGAGACCCCCCCCCACCCUCUAAGAUACUGUAUUUUAAGCUGUGGACUGUGGUGGAGUUGUGUUACGACUAAAUGUUUUUGUUUUUAAUCCCCCUCUCCGGUCUGGUGGAAGUGGAUUUAUUAUGGAACUUGCACUUAGCUGACGGUGUCCCUCCUCAGUGUGCACGAACAAGGACUUGGUGCAUUGCUGUCGCUGCAUGGGGAACAACCCCAUGUCAAGUGCCUUCCUAAGAAAACUCCUGUGACUGUGCCAACUGAUGAGCCCUACUUCCUCUGCAGUGCGUCUUGAUGGCAAUCAGAACUUUUUAGCAGUUUUCACUAAACAAUCCUAGUUUAAUUUGGUGUCGAUGUGAGAAGAGCAUCUUCCCGUAUUGCUGUCAGGAAGCUGAGCUUGUAUCGGACCUGUUGUUUCAGGGUCCGAUUCAGGCCGUUUCUCAAGGUACUAGUCCAACAAGAACAACAGAGUAACUUUAGCCUACUAGGAUUGUGGUUCAGUGAAAGGCAAGCCAUGUGUGUCUGUAUUAUCUAGAUUUUUUUUUUUUUUUCUAAAAAAAAAAAAAACUUGACUUACUAUAAUUGUAAUUCUCUCUUUGGACAAAAUCUUAAAAAGACUUAAAACUUAAUACAAAAUGCAUUUUACGUAACGCUGUGUGCUGUGCUUGUCUCUGCUGAUAACAUAAAGUGUUUUUUGGGGUA